AUUGUAAAGUUAGGUUAGAUUGUGUAUCAAAACACGUGCACGUGGUCGUUGGAAGUAUUUUUAAAAAACGUUUAGAAUAAUCCUUCCGAUGUCAAUAAUAAAUCCGUACGAUCAUCAACAUUAUUUGUUUUUCGAUUGUUAACUACAUUUAUAAUUGCAGAAGACUAAAAAAUGGAGAACAAAAUUAAAUCCAAAGCGUUUAAACGCGCCAGUGAUAACGUUAAGGAACGAUUGAAAGACUUUUUUUUAACAAGCUACAAUCAUUACACAGUGCCAGGAAUUAAUUUAAUUCGAAAUAAUAAAUAUCAAACAUGGAAUAUAAAUUCAAUGAUUGGAAUGUUUCACGAUUAUCCUUACUAUUGUGAUCUUCCAAAACCUCUAUUACCUCCAGUUAAAUUAAGUCGUCAAGUUCUAGUUGAAGAAGAUCCAGCUCUGCAAUUAAUGACAACAAAAUAUCACAUGCAAAAUGACAUGAAUAGAGUUAAAAACUAUUAUUUAAAAUACGAAAAGGUUAUGAAAAAAGUAAAGAAGGGUGAUGUCAAAUGGGAUAAGAGUAGUGAAAUAAAAACUACAUCCUUACCAAGAUAUGUUGCAGAAAUUGCUGAAAUUAUAGAAUUGGAUCCAGAUCCCUAUUUUUCAGGCACCUACAACUGGUAUUAUACCGGUGGGACGUUAACUAACAUUCGCCAUGGGGAUGAAAAUAUUCUACUUUUCCCCUAUUCUGAAGAAUUAGUUGCAACUUCCGUAUCACUCCAGGAAGGAUGUUUAUGGAAGCCAAAUUUGAGAAUUGCCGACAAAUGUCAAUUGGAUGGCGUACUUUACGAAUUACGAAAUAAAUACAUUAACAAUUCACACAGAAUUAUCGGACGCUAUAAAAAUCACUGUAUUUUGUAUAAUAUAUCAAUGGAUAAUUCUCAUUUGAACUUGAUUGAACUUCACAAAGUAAAAUCUCCCAUUCCGUUUGUCAGUAUGGAUCUGAAUCCGUUCAAACUGAACGAAUUUUGUACAGUAAAUGUUGAACGACAGGUGUCAACUUGGGACAUGGUGAAAAUGAAACCUGUAUCUAGUGGUGAAGUGAUGAGUACAAAAGUCUUAGAUGAUAAUUGGGGAAGUAUUAAGUAUCAAAGUAGGGAACCUGAUGUUUUAAUUUAUACUGAUAGAUGCUGUGUUCAUUAUAUUGACACAAGGCUACCGAUUGAGCGACCUGCAUUGUCCUUAUGUCCAAAACUAAACUUGGAAGUCUGCGAAAAUCUCUGUUCUGACAAUGCAAGUAAAAAUUCAUUCUGUAGAUAUUUGGGAGCUUAUCACAGUUUUCUUUUAAUUGACAGCCGAACUCCGGAUGAGUGUAUGAAACAAAAGUGGACUCAUCAAUUUAAGGGAGCACCACUUCUGUGCAACGUUAUGGAAAAAGGCAAUCAAGAAGUGAUAGUUCUCACCAGUCAAAUUCAACGGGAGAGAUCAAUAAUUAUCAAUAAUUGGACUAAUGAGGUACAUUCUAAAUCCUACAGUUUACCCUUCACACCGACCAGUAUUUUAGAAACUCUUCAGGAAUCGCAAAUGCAGGGAAAAUGUUUGGAUCCAUCGAUGAAACUUAGAUUAGGUCUCAGUAACGCUGGAUGCACUUUAAUUACGGACGCUGAGGGACAGAUUUAUCUCUUUCAACAAAACUCCAUUGGGGAUAUUUUCUAUCAAACAAUAACGCACGAAGAACAAAUUGGAAAAUAUUCCACGGAGAAUUGUCAAGCUGUGAGAGCUUUGGAAGCUUGGGAGAAUGCAAUUCUAAAGCAAAGUGAUACUGUGAUACCGCUAGUUUUUUCUGAGAAAUCGUGUAUGGAUCAUAUUUUCAGAAAUUUAAAGCGUUCAAAAUUGAAGUACGUGCAUCCUGAUAAAACGGAAAUAUUUUCUGAACCCCGUUGGAAACAAUCACUGGAGGAAAUGAAUUCAUACGUGGAUCUAUUAGCACCAGAACUAUUGGCAAUUUGGGAAGUCGCCGAUGAUAAAGUUCCAUCAGUGACGGCAGUUCCACAUCAAAAAGUAUUGAAUUGGCUUGAAUCCACCGAAGUAAUCGAAGACAAUUGUACACAAUCAACAAUGCCAAGUCAGGACAUUGAAAUAUUGUCAAUGCCUUAUAAUACACAAGAACUUGUCAGCGUUUCUCAACAAGUGGAAACGGACAGUUUUCAGCAAAUGUUUCUUCCUAAAGUAAAAACAAAAACAAAAUCCAAAGAAGUCAAAAAAAGAAAAUAUGUCCCUGGUUUUUAAUUUUGUGUUAUCAAAAAAAAAAUUUUAAAUAUAUACCUACCUGUAAAUUUUUUGUU